AUGUCCUCCUUUUUACCUCCAAAAUCCAGACUACUGGAACUCACAAAGUUAAGAUGUAAUAUAUUCAAUGAAAAUUUCAAUCCAUUAAACAUCCGUACAGGUUCUAAAAUCCUAACUCAAAGACUAAAAGGUGAAAACAUCAAAAGAUAUUAUGGUAAUCCAGAUAUGAUUAGAUUUAAAGAAUUAAGAAGUUUAUACCCAACUAUUGACUGGGUUGAUCCAGCUGAAGUUUACAGAUUAAAGAUUAAUCAAUCUCGUAAACGUAGAGGUAAAGGUGCCCCAAAGAAGAAGAAGGAAAAAGGAGGUGAUAAAAAGAAGAAGAAAUAA